UUCCAAUUCGGCUUCAUUGGUUAGUUCGACUUUUUCUUCCUGUUUUGAUUGCAAAAGAACGUUAUUGCCGCUUUUGUCAAAUUAACAUAUAUAACCUAAUUGUCGUCAAAUACACAGGCUACCGAAAUUGAAAAACACUCAAACCAAGUGGCACCCGAAAUAAAAAAAAAACCAUAUUGUUUGAACCACACAAAAAGAAAAUAACUUCCCUGUUAAUCAUAUUUAACUGUGGGAUAUUAACAAAAUCAAUUGGCUGAAAUUCGUUUAGUGCAGUGAAAAUUGUAUUAAUUAUGAGCAACGCAACUAAACAAAAUGUAGCCAGUACCUAUCUUGAGCACUUGUGCCAAUUGGAUAUCGAUUCCAAGGUAUCAUUUGUUCGAUUGUCGGGCAUCAUUUGUACCAUUGGACCGGCAUCAAAGAGCCCAGAAGUGCUUGAAACACUCAUCGGUGCUGGCAUGAACAUUGCCCGUUUGAACUUCUCACACGGUUCAUACGAAUACCAUGCCGAGACCAUUAAAAAUGUUCGCGAAGCUGUCAAAAACUAUUCAGCUAAAUUGGGCUUGGAACAUCCAUUGGCUAUCGCUUUAGAUACAAAAGGCCCAGAAAUCCGCACUGGAUUGUUGGAAGGUGGCGGUAGCGCUGAAAUUGAACUUAAACGUGGUGGCACCAUUAAGUUGACAACAAAUAAAGAAUACGCCGAAAAAGGAAAUGGCAACAUUGUGUAUGUUGAUUAUGCAAACAUUGUAAAUGUUGUCAAGAAGAACAACCGUGUAUUCGUUGACGAUGGUUUAAUUUCAUUGAUUGUUAAUGAAGUAACCGCCGAUACAUUGACCUGCACAAUUGAAAAUGGUGGUUCAUUGGGUUCACGAAAAGGUGUUAAUUUGCCUGGUGUGCCAGUCGAUUUGCCAGCUGUUUCCGAAAAAGAUAAGGCCGAUUUGAAAUUCGGUGUUGAACAAGGUGUUGACAUCAUUUUCGCUUCAUUCAUUCGGAAUGCACAAGCAUUGAAGGAAAUCCGUGAUGUUUUGGGUGAAAAGGGAAAGCACAUUAAGGUCAUUUCAAAGAUUGAAAAUCAACAAGGAAUGCAAAAUUUGGACUCAAUCAUCGAAGCAUCUGAUGGUAUUAUGGUUGCUCGUGGUGAUUUGGGUAUUGAAAUUCCACCAGAAAAGGUGUUUUUGGCACAAAAAGCUAUGAUUGCCAAGUGCAAUCGUCAAGGAAAACCAGUUAUUUGUGCAACACAAAUGCUUGAAUCAAUGGUUAAGAAACCACGUCCAACACGUGCUGAAAUUUCCGACGUUGCCAAUGCUGUUUUGGAUGGUGCCGAUUGCGUCAUGUUGUCGGGUGAAACUGCCAAAGGUGAAUAUCCACUUGAGUGUGUUUUGACCAUGGCCAAGACCGCCAAAGAAGCCGAAGCUGCUUUGUGGCAACACAGUCUCUUCAAUGAUUUGGUAUCAACCGUGCCAACUCCAAUUGAUGCCGCCCAUUCCGUUGCCAUCGCAACAGUUGAAGCAUCUUCCAAAACAUCGGCCGCCGCCAUUAUCGUUAUUACAACAAGCGGACGCUCAGCUCAUUUGGUUUCCAAAUACAAGCCAAGGUGUCCAAUUAUCGCUGUUACACGAUUCCCACAAACUGCUCGUCAAUGCCAUUUGUACCGUGGUAUUUUGCCAUUGUCCUAUGAUGUUCCAGCUGGAUCUGAUUGGAUGAAAGAUGUUGAUGACCGAGUUCAAUUUGGUGUUCGUUUCGGUAAGGCUCGCGGUUUCAUCAAGAGCGGCGAUCCAGUUGUUGUUGUCACUGGAUGGAAACAAGGUUCCGGCUUCACCAACACCAUGCGCAUUGUCAAUGUUGAAUAAAUUCUUCAAAUUACCUAUCCCAAAAUGACACAAAGUGUAUCGAUUGCGACGGAUUUAGAUGAUGUGAUCAAGACUAUAUAAAACUCUGUAUUAUAUGUGGUUACAUAAUUAAAAAAAAAACAUAUUUUUGAUUGAAAUUAUUAUAAUCAUGGUCGCACAUACCAAAAUUAAAGCAGAUAAAAACAAUUUUGAUGAGUGUACUAUAAGUUCAUUCUAUUUAUGUAAACUAACAAAUCUGUUAAAUUAUUAUGCGUUCUUUGAAUAAAUGAUGCAAACAAAAACUCCAUAUUAUGUUGCAAACAACGACAAAAACAAUAAAUUGAUUGAACACCAUA